AUGAAACUUCUUAUCUUUACCUGCCUUAUGGCUGUUGCUCUUGCCAGACCUAAACAGUCUUUCAGGUACCGAGAAUUCUUUGAGAAUGAACCAGACAGCAGAGAGCCCUUAUCAGAAGCGUUCAGAGAGGAUCCUGUCAUGGAAGCCUCUCAGCAAAAGGAAUCUGGCAGCAGUUCAUCAAGUGAGGAAGUUGUUCCUAAUAGCAAUGAGCAGAAGCAAACUCAAAAGGAAGAUAUGCCCUCCGAACGCUAUCUGAGAGAGCCUGUGAGAGUAGUGAAUCAGCCUUUCCGACAAUUCUACCAACUUGAUGCCAGUCCCUAUGCUACCUGGUAUUAUCCUCCACAAGUCACACCAUAUGUUGCUCCUCCAUCAUUCUCUGACAUCCCCAAACCCAUUGCCUCUAAGAACAGUGGAAAAACUAUUAUGCCACAGUGGUGGUAA